AUGGCGGCUCCAGCGCCUCCCCCCUCUGUCUCCCCUCCCUCUCCUCUCCGCGACGCUCCUCCGACAUCGUUAUCUUCUCGGCCCCCGCCUCUCUCGUCCUCGGCUCUUCCUCUCGCUUCCUCUCUUCCUCUCCCUGCCUCUCUUCCUCUCCCCUCUUCUCCGUCCUCCGAGGUUCUGGAGGUUUGCAUUCAGCAACUGAACGAGGAGUUCCCCACUCUCGAGUCGCUCGCUUCCCUCGACGCCAAGAUCGCUUCUCUCCAGUCCUACCUUCGGGCGCUCGACCAAGACAUCCUGACUGCGGUCCGCGAGCAGGCCCGCAGAUCGUCUUCCUCUUCUUCGGAGUUGUCUUUGGAGGCGUUUCGCGCGAGCGUGAAGACGUUGAUGUCGACGUUUCAGUUGAUGCAGUCGCGCGCCGAGGCGAGCGGUCGAAAGGUCGAGAAGAUCUGCGCAGACCUCCAGCGGCUGGCCCAGGCCAAGAAGAAUCUGACGCUGUCGAUCUCGACUCUGAAGAAGCUGGUCAUGGUUGUGGCGGCGCUCGGCAAGUUGCGCGUCGCAGGGAAGACGCGCAAGUACGCGGAAGCGUCUCAGCUUCUCCUGGCGAUCAACAACCUCGUGGGGGCUUUCGAGCCCUACAGAGACCGCGUGCCUCGGGUGAACAUGCUCUUGAGCGAGAAAGAUCUUCUCUGCCGCUCCCUCCAGCAGCAGCUGAUCGAGGACUACCAGGCGGUCUUCGACGAAGACGCUUCGGCGCUCUCCUUUGCGCGUCUUCGGGGCGACGCAACGAACCCGUUCGCGCCUAGCGGCGAGACAGCUGCGCUCGACGGCGGCCCCGGACCGGCCUUCACUUUGCCGUUCCUCCACGACGAAGCAGAGAGUGCCUUCCUGGAUCCUGCGCAGCGGGAAGCCUUGAAGGACGCGCCGCUCGCGGUCGAAGCGCUCGGACCCACAGUCGUCCGAGACGUUGUCCAGCUCGUUUGCCACUCGCUCCUCUUCAACUACAACAAACUGUUUCGGCCUGCAGCCACGGCGAUUCGCGGCGAGAACCCGUUCCUAGACCGGCCUUCAGGGGACAGAGACGCCUCGGGGCUCGAGGUGAUUGACCGCAGGUUCGCCUGGCUGAAGCGGACGAUGCGCGAAUUCGAAGGGAAGCACGAGGCGCUCUUCCCCCCCAGGUGGCGCGUGAAGAUGCAUCUCGCCGCACUCUUCUGCCGCGUAACCAAGCAACACUUGGUGGUGAGACCAGACGAAAGCCCGGACGACCAAGUCGCAGAAGGCGAGGGCGAAACGGCACCCAUGACCGGCUGCGCGCAACACACAGUUGACCCGAUUCUCCUCGUGCGUCUGCUCCACAAGACGGUUGAGUUUGAGCUGUCUUUGGACGCGAAGUUCCGCAACGAAGAGCGUGCGCUGGAGAUGAUGAAAGAUCUCGACGACCGACAGACGUCUCUACCCUCCUCCGCAGCUUCCCUUCAGUACUACGAUCACAUCUUUCCUCAAAAGCAGUCCAGCUCUUCGUACAAUCCGUUUGAGGCCGAGCUGCGCGCGGCCGGCGAGGGAGGCCGGGACGGGGAGAUGCGAGAGGAGGAGGCGGCGCGCGUCGAGGCCUUUCAGCUGAAGAGUUUCCGCGGAUGCCUUUCGAGUGUAUUUGAUCCGUUUCUCUUCCGUUGGGCCGAGUUCGAGGAGCAACAACUCGUCGACGUUUUCUCCGCCGCCCUCGUCGCGGACAAGGUCGUGUCACAUGCCUCCUUCUCGCCUACUGCCCUCAGUGCUCUCCUCGCAACCGACGAGGCGGGGGAGGCAGACACAGAAGCGCGAGCUCGAGAGCAAAGCAGCGAAGAAGAGGAAGACGACUUUGGAGAAGACGAAAGCCACGUAUGCGUCUUCGGCUCAGCGAGCGAAAUCCUCAGCGCGUGCAAGAAACUCUUCGACAAGGCAAAGGCCGUCAGCAGAGGCCAGGCAAUCAAGGAAGUCGCCGGCGUCUUCAAACACCUUUUCAAAAAAUAUGCAUCCGUUCUCCAAAGCAGGCUGCCGCCGGCGAAGCAGUUUGCGUCGCCUCCUGGGUUGAGCGACGUCUCGGUUCUUUUUUCUGGAUCCGCGGAGGCGUCCUCGGCGCUUUCGGCGUCUGGCCUCUCGUCCUGCAGCGUAGCAGCUGCGUCGCCGUUUCUCCUCGUCUGCGCAGCUGUGGGGACGAGCGUGUACGUGGAAACUUCCCUGGGGCAGAUCUGCGAAAAUCUCUCAAAGGCGCUCGUGGACGCUGCCGGGCAAGAAGAGCCGGCUGCUCCAGGCGGCGCCGACGCCGCGUUUCGGCGAGGGUCCGGCGACUCUGGCGAGGCGGAGGCCGUGGGCGAUUUCCAGUUCGACGAAGAGAAGGAUCUUCUCUGGAACAUUCAGGCGGCCUGCGUGGGCCUUCUGGUCUCGUCCUUCUCGGGGGUCAUCGCGUCUUCACUCGCGCACAUCCAGUCUGAGAAAUUAAAAUCCUUGUCUCUCAAUGAGCGAAGAGAGCAGAGGCCUCACCCGAACGUCGUGGCGCUCCGACGCAGUCUCAGGGACAGCAUGACCGUUGCCAGUCUCUUCCUCACUGCUUCGCUGUGUCGAUUCGUCUGGGAUAAACUGGCCCAGGCAGUGAUCACCAAAUUCCACGCGGCACUCGACCAAAUAAAGGCGCUCACCCCCGUCGCUGCGCAGGCGCUUUUGCGAGAUGCAGAGAGCCUCCACGCUGCUCUCCUCGAACUUCCUGGACGCACUUUCGGCUGCGGGGAAGGAUCGCAACUUGGAAACAAAAAGAGAAAACAGACCCUCACCAUGCCAGCCGGAUACGAAAAAUAUGUUUCGCGAGAGAUGGAGCGCGCAGAAGCAGCUCUGCGCGUCGCUGCGUACCCGCCAGAGGACGGCGUCGCGCCGGCUCCCUUCUCAGGUUCCUUCUUCGCUCGUUGGGAGAUCGAGUGCAUCGACGGCAAAAGUCGAGAAGACGCUGGUCCUGCCGAUGAAAGAAGCAAAACUUUUCUCCUCUGCUUCGCCCAUUCAGCCGUCGCUUUCUUCGUAGAGGCGAUGUGA